GUACGCUCGCUUACGCGACUCUCACUCAGUCAGUGUCCAGUGAGACUCCCGCGUACUCCUUAUUUCCCUGGUGGUAUUUUACAAAAUUGGCUCUAUUUCACUCUUUAAUAUUAUUCAUUGUAAUUAGUCUGUUUGUAAAAAAAAAACUGUUGGAAUAUAAAAGUGUAUCAUGGCACCUAAUCGUAUGAAUCAGCCUGCACAAGUGAAUAACACCGCUGAACGCAGGGAGCACCUGUACAAGAUUCUGGUAAUUGGGGAACUUGGAACCGGGAAAACCAGUAUCAUCAAACGUUACGUGCACCAGUUCUUCUCCCAGCACUACCGAGCAACAAUUGGAGUCGACUUUGCUUUAAAAGUUCUCAACUGGGAUUCCAACACUCUGAUUCGACUUCAGUUAUGGGACAUUGCAGGACAAGAGAGGUUCGGCAACAUGACAAGAGUUUACUACAAGGAAGCAGUCGGAGCCUUCAUCGUUUUUGAUGUCACAAGAACAGCGACGUUUGACGCCGUCAUGAAAUGGAAAAACGACCUGGACAACAAAGUUCAUCUACUAAACGGAAGUGUCGUACCCUGUGUUCUUCUGGCAAACAAGUGUGAUAUGCCAAAAGAAGGAGUUGUGAAUAAUCCUGCCCUUAUGGAUCAAUUCUGCCAGGACAAUGGGUUUAUUGGGUGGUUCCUGACAUCAGCCAAGAAUAAUGUCAACAUUGAGGACGCUGCAAGGUUUCUCGUGUCAAAGGUAUUUAUUUUGACCAAUCAGAAGUCGUUGAUAGCCGAAGAAUCUCUUUCAAACAACAUUGUCUUGGAACACUAUCAAAAUUCUCAUCACAUCUCCAAAGAUCGCAAGUGUUGCUAAUGGGACCAAAGGUUACAGACAUUUUUUGUUGCUUAUAGCAACAGAUUUAUAAGAACAGAAUAUGAGAAGUAAAACUAUAUAAUAAACGCUAGAUG